AUGUCGGGUUUUUCAAAAUAUUUGAAGGAGUUGUUGACAAAGAAGAGACCGAUCAAGCAUGACUCUGUGAGUCUGACUCAUCGUGUUAGCUCUAUCAUAUCUACAACCAGUGUUCAGAAGAAAGAGGAUCCAGGGGCCUUUACUAUUCCAUGUUUUGUUGGUCACCAUGAUUUUGCUUGUGCUUUAUGUGAUAAUGGGGCAAGCAUUAACCUCAUGCCACUUGUUAUCCAUAAGAAAUUGAGGUUGGGAAUGUCUAGACCUACCACUAUGCGACUACAGAUGGCUGAUAGAUCUAUAAAGAGAACAGUUGGGGUUGUUGAUGAUGUGCUUGUUCGGAACUUUUCGAAAUAUCAGCAGCCUGCUUAA